GACCGGAGAGAGUAGCUGCAGAGGAUCUCAAUUCCACAUCCCCCACAUGCCCAAUUUAUAGUUAGAGGGAGAGAACAAUCCCCUCCCUCCCUUUUCUCAGUCAAAACCUACCCACACUUUGAUACAACCAUACUCAUCCCAAAGUCCCAACUCUCUCUCUCUCUCUCUCAAAAAUGUCAAACAACAGGAGAAAGCUCCGCCUCAACACCGUAACAGUCAACCUCGGCUGCAGCAGCUGCCGGAGACCAAAACUCUCCUCCAUCUUCCACCCCAAACCACCCAAAAAACACCAUUGGACCACUCUCAAUCCCCACUACGACUACUCCACCACCACCACCACCACCACCACCACCACGGACGACACCGACGACGACAUACGGAGCCUGAGAGCCGUUCAGGGCUUCGGCAGAAUCGGCGGCGAGAGCGUGGCGGUGGAGAAAGACUCCGACGACCCUUACCUCGAUUUCCGGCGAUCCAUGCUUCAGAUGAUACUUGAAAAAGAGAUCUACGCUAAAGACGAUCUGAGAGAGCUUCUCAACUGUUUCUUGCAGCUCAAUUCACCUUACUACCAUGGUGUGAUCGUUCGAGCUUUCACCGAUAUCUGGAAUGGUGUCUUCUCCGUCAAGUCUUCUGCCUCGCGACCCUUUUAAGUAAGUGUUUGAUUCAUUGGAACGAACUUGAAUCGAUGAUUUCAUUCGUAAUUCAUUUUUCGUAACUUUUUUAUUGUAAAAAUGAAUUUUAUGAUGGAAUCAUCGAUCCACUUUAGUUCGUUUGAAUGAACCACACAUAGCAUUAAUGAUCAAUAAAAAUCUUGCCGUUUUAAUAUGAAAAAAUAAAUGAAGAAUAAAUAUCACAUGAAUAAGGAAUAGAAAAGUAAUUGCAAAUGUGUAGUGCAAGUAAAAACUGUUCUUACGUGAAAUGUGAAUUAUUACCUUAGAUAUAAUUUUCACUUGAGUAUAGUUUUUACUUGUACUUUAUUAAUUUGCAAUUAUUUUUUUAUUUUUUAUUUAAAAUUAAAAAUAUUAUUUGUGUGAUAUUUAUUUUAAUCUCUCAUUUGGUUUAUGCUAUUUUAAUUUGUGAAGAUUGAUUUCUUUAAAUUUGAUUAAAAAAAAUAUUUUUAGGGUUUUCUAAUUUAGAGGAACCUAAAAAUAAAUUUAAAAAAAAUCAAAUUUGAGAAGAAUCUUAAAAAGAUGAAAAUAAAUCUAUUUUUGUAAAAAUUAAAAUAGUUUAAACCAAACGAGGCAAGGCAAGAAUUUUAUUGGUCACUAGAGCAUGGUAGAGUAGGGUGGGUAACAAGUAGAGAAUCGUAGCCAAAUGUGGAUGAAGUAGAAGUAGUACUAGUAGCAGUAGUUUAGUUUCUUUGGAGGGGUUUUUUUGACUUUUGAUAUUAUGAAAAUGAUUAAUGGCUUUUGAGAGAUGUAGAAGUAGUAGGAAAGUAGUUUAUCUUUUUUCUCUUUGGAGUUGGGUGGGAAAAGAUAGACGUUGGGAUUUGAAAGUUUUAUUAAUGUAAUGGAGCUGACACUUUGUUUUAUUGCGACUUUAAUGGGAAAAAAUAUGUAUAUAUUAUUUAAUAUAUUUGUUGUGAGUGAGUGUUGUCUUUGACUUCGUACAGUUUCCAACAUUUUGCAUUAACACUUU